CUCCGUAUUUGCUCUGGCACAACGUUCCAUUGAUUUACACGGAGAGGAGCCGAGCGGCGGGUUUCAAGGAUCUCGCUGUGGAUCGGUUGGAUAUCUGGGAACCUGAAUGAUGCGCAGCUGCAGGAGGGCACGGUUCGGACAGGUGUGAGACCUGUGGCGCUCAGAGAUGAAGGUCACGCUGAUGUUUUAACCACGCUGUCAUACGUCCCCCCCGCCCCCCAACCCAGGCCUGGCACGGUGGAGCCCCACAUGGAUGAAUCCUGGUGUAGGAGCUGUACUCAUGGAAUACAAAGCCUGGCUGAGUCCGCCCCUCUCCGGAAGCCUCCCCGCAGCCCUCUCCUCCUGACACAGCCUCUCCUGGUCCCUCUCGACAUGAGGGUCUCUGCUCGGUGAUUCGGUGGACCCUGCGUUUAUCGGGCUCUUGCUCUUGUACGUAACUCACAGGAUUUGUCUGCGCUCUGGGAUUCCUUUGUGUCAAAGGGUUUAGCGCAAAGGGCGGCGGAGUGGCGGAGCGGGGGACUUCGUUUGCGCACAGCUGCUGUGUUUUUGUGGCCGGGUCGUGAUGGCGGGUAGCCGGCCGGAGGCACAGGACCACCCGCCCGAGAACGGCUUCACCCCGCUGGAGCGCCCGGCGCCCCGGCUGCUACCGCACAUCGACGGGUGUGUGCUGCCAUCUCUGGGGGGCUUCGGGAGACACCAGAAGCAGCUAGUGGUCCUGACAUGGAUACCCGCGCUUUUCAUCGGCUUCAGCCAGUUCUCGGAUCACUUCUUGCUGGCGCAGCCUAACGGGACGUGCGUGUCGCCCGCGGGUAACCACAGCAACUGGACCGGGCCACCUCUGCUUGCCAGCGGCGCGCCCGCGCUGCAGCUUCGGGCCAACGGCACCGCGGAGGAACCCGGGGACAGCGCCGGGCUGCUGUGCGCCUGCGAGGAGCGGAGGCUGGAGCUGCAAACAGGACUCCUUCAGAAUGUGGUUACCAAGUGGCACCUGGUGUGCGACUCGGCCUGGAAGGUUCACAUAGCCAAGUUUUCCUUGCUGGUGGGCUCAAUAUUUGGCUACCUGGUGAUGGGUGUGAUGGCUGACUGGUUUGGCCGACACCCGGUGUUGAUUCUCUCGGCGCUUUUCAUGCUGGUGUUCGGCCUGUCUGUCGCCUUCUCUGUAAAUGUCACCAUGUUCAGCACCUUGCGCUUCUUUGAGGGUUUCUGCUUGGCGGGCCUCGCUCUCUCCCUCUACGUGCUCAGAAUCGAGCUUUGCUUGCCAGGCUGGCGCUUUUCCAUGACCAUGGUGGCCAGUUUUCUGAAGGUGGGCGGGCAGCUACUGAUGCCAGGGGUGGCCACUCUGUGCCGCCAUUGGCCGAAUGGGGAUGACUGGCAGGUGCUGCAGAUCGUGAUCAUCAGCCCUUUUGUUCUGAUGCUGCCAUACGUCUGGAUUUUCCCCGAAUCGCUACGCUGGUUGCUGGCCACCCAGCACUACAAGCGGUCCAAAGCCAUGAUGCUGCGCAUCGCCAGGAAAAACCAGGUUGACAUGACAACAGAGCCCAGUGGAGUUCUUGCAGAGCUGGAACAGGAGCUACACAAGAAACCCCAGAGGAGCUGCAUUGUCAAGAUGAUGAGCACCAGGAACCUGUGGAAAAACAUUGUGGUGCUAUGUGUGAACUCUCUGACAGGUUAUGGGAUCCACCACUGCUUCGCCCGCAGUAUGAUGGACCCGGAGGCCCAGCCCACGGCUUUGUGCCACACAGACUACUACACCAUGGCUGGCAUCGCUGUGGCCACAUGCCUGGCUCUUUGCCCUGCAGUGGGACUGAUGGGUCGGCGUGGAGGACUGCUCACCUUCAUGAUCAUAACGGCUCUAGCAUCACUACUGCAGCUGGGUCUGCUCAACUUAAUUGGAAAGUACAGCCUCCGCCAUGACACAGUUCUACGAGACACACUGAACAGAAAAUUCUCAGUGGCCUUCUCCAUCAUCGGCAUGUUCUCUUCUCAUGCCGUCAGCACUCUCAGUAUUUUCUUUUGUGCUGAAAUCACUCCCACUGUCAUCAGGGGUGGAGGUCUGGGCCUCGUCCUGGCUAGUGCAGGCUUCGGGAUGCUAACCGCCCCAAUCAUGGAGCUGCACAACCAAAAGGGCUACUUCCUGCAUCACGUGAUCUUCGCCUGCUGCACGCUGCUGUGCAUCAUCUGCCUGCUGCUGCUGCCAGAGCCGCGGGGUCAGCCGCUGCCAGAGAGCCUCGCCGACGGAGAGACCUUCACCCGUCAGAUCCUGCUCCAUCCUGGGGAGCAGCAUCUCCUCCUCGUCAAGUACGAAAGGGACUACUCGCGUGUUCACGACACUCCGUUACAUCUCACAGCCACAGGGGGCGCUACGGCGGCAGUAGCCACCGCUCUGGCAGCGGUACCUGCUUCCUAUGCUCUCGCAACCGGUGGUGAGGUGAUUGGUAACUGUGCCAUAGCCAACGGGGUAUGAACAUCACAGCAAUAGUCUUCUACUGUGCAAAUAACUGAUGCAGCGAUAACCAGAUCCAAGAUGUGAUCAAAUGUUUUAGGAGAAAAGGAGCAAAAGUGUUCGGACAAACCAGAUGAACUGCUGUUAAGCUGUAGUGAGGUUUGAGAUGAUGACAAUGACAGCAAGCCUGUGUAACGUUUAGUGACAAUGAUUCAUUCAGGAGUUGCCAAAAAAUAUUGUAUGGACCUGGUUUAUCUGAAGUCAGAAUGUGACGAUGGUGAUUUUUCUGCACUGCUUAAAGUAACGAACGCAGGGAAGUAAACCAAUGGCAGAUUAACUUUGUGACUUUUGUGUUUGUAGAUUUGACUUGUUGAAACAGGCUAAUUGUGGAUCAUUUGAGUGGGCCCGAAUAGUUCUUGGUGUGGAAAACUAUAUGGUUCAACUUCUGGGUUUGGUUUUUGGUGAACUUAAAUGUUUAAAGAUAACCUAAGCAAAUACAAAAAAGGUGGUUUUCAUGUAAUAAUUUCAUUUAGCAAGUGAAAAAAAGGUAAAUCAACCCAACUUGAAAAACCCAACUCGGUGUUGCCCUGCGACAGACUGGCGACCUGUCCAGGGUGAACCCCGCCUCUCGCCCGAAACGUUCGCUGGAGAUAGGC